ACUUCAGACAUGGAUAUGGAAGAUGAUGUCAGUCAUCCUGAUGCAGACAAGACGGUUGAUGAAUCAAUAAAAGAACCAGAUUGCAAGGUUAUAUUUUUAUGUAAUAAAAAUGAUGAUGUCAAAAAGACUUAUCCUGCAUCAGAGCAGCUUGCACAAGUUGUUGGAGCAUCUAACACUCUUACUGGGUCUGAACAGUUUCUGCAUGAUGGGGAAGAUGGAAAGGGUCUGUCAUUCCUAGAAGAUGUUAGCCCUGUCAGGCAGUCACCAAAUACUGCUGGACAAGCCCUAGGGAAUAGUGUGCAGGGAUCCGUUGGUUUGCCCACUGAAGAUUCGAGUAACAUCAAUAUUUCAGCUCCUGCACUAGGCAGAACUGUGGAAGCUCCGACAGUGUAUGUUAAAGAUGGAAGCCCAUUUCGUCUUAUUCAAGGUUAUGCUUCAGAUGACAGUGAAGAAGAUGACAAAAUGGACAAAAUGGAAAAUGCUGAAGAAGGUGAUGCUUUGAGCUGUUUGCCUGUUAAGGCUACGUCUCAAAGUGCUAUCUGUCCUUCUGUUAACCCGUCGAAUGAAGGGUUUGAUCCCCAUUAUCAUGAAAGACUGAAUGAUGAGAUCAUGAAAUGUGAGCCUUCUCAGAGCAGUGGUCUUGUAGCUGCUGACAACAUGGAUACUCAUGAUCAAGUUGGAAAGCAUCAGCCGGAAAAGUAUGCAAAUCAGGAUUCUACUGAGCUGGAUGUGGAUGAGUUCGGGCGACUAGUAAGAAAAGGUACAAGUGAUACCGAUUCUGACGAGGUGCAUCUUAGUAAAAGGCGUUCUAGAAGGGGAAGGAAGAGGAGCCGGAGUAGGUCACCUCAAGAAAGUAGGUGGAAGCAUAGGAGCCGCAGUCCUAGGGGGAGAGAGAAGAGAAACCGAUCUCACAGCUGGUCACCAAGACGGCGCAGGAGCAAGUCUCCGCCAGCAUUUAGGCAUGCAAAUGUUAAUUCAAGACGUGAUCGGGAUCAACCUACGGAGUGUUUGGACUUUAAGCGAGAGACAGAAAUGGCUAUUGGGGAACACAGUGAUACCCCCCAGGAAGAUGUAAAGAGCAUUGAGAUGCAAGAUCAUAGAGACCAGUCUGGAGACAACACCAUGGCUGACAAUGCUGGAGAUUUUAGUGAGAAAGAUAUGUCAGCCUCUAAAGCCAACAAAGCAUUGCCUCCUGUAAAUGAUGUUAUCAAAAGGACACAGGUUACAAACCAAGUUUCCCAAGAGGCGGUCAACAACGUGGAGACAUCACAGGUAGAGGAAGUCACAGAAACUUCUGAAUCUAUGAAAAUUCAGGACCCUUCUUUUAAGUCCUCCCAGUUCCUUCAAGCUGACAGUAUGCUUAAUCAAUCUACAUCUACUGGUAGUGACCAGCCUCCUCUAAUUGCUGACCCCAAUAAUGUUUCACAACCUCAAAAUUUUGCCCAAUCUUCUCAUGAAGGAUCAUUACCGCAUGCUUUUGAAAAUAAGUCUAUAUCCCCGAAAGAUUUUCAACCUGCCAAGAUGUCGAAUCUUAAUGUCUACUCGCAGCCAUCUCAACAAGUCCCACCUGGUCCACCAGGACCUCCUUCACAGCCGCAUUUGCCAUCGGACAAUCUAAGUGCACCUUUUGCCUCUCAAUAUCAUGCUGCUUUUCAUCCAAGCGCCACAAAUUACCACGUUCAGCCUCCUUCAGAUAUUUUUUCUUCCUCCCAUCCUCCUAUGGUUAAUGACUACCAUUCUUAUGGCAUGCCUUCUCAAAAUUCUGCGUGGCACAAUAUUCCUCCACCUCCAUCUUCACUUGUGAUGCCGCCUAUACAUGACUUCAAUCCUGUGAUGAGGCCUUUUCAACCAGGAGAAAUGACUCGUCCAGUUAGGGGCGUCUUCCAUCAACAAUCUUUUCACCCGUUAGAGCCAUUUCAACAACCUCCUUUGCACGUGGACGAACUUAGAAGAAGGCCAUUACUGAUGGGGACUUCUCAUGAGCACCCAUAUGUCAGUCAAGAUCGAUUUCCACAUCCUCCUUUGUCUUUACCAAGGGAGCAUCUUCCAAAUGUAUCACCUUCUUUCCUCGUGGAACAUGUGGAUGUGAGGCCAUUCUCAAGGGAGGAAUUUGAUCCUGAUAUUAAAGAUUUGCCUUCUUCUCAAUGCCCACCUCCAUACGCCCAACCCCAAAAUAUCAGCAGCAAUUAUCCUCCAAAUAUGAGUACUGCUGGAUUGGUUGAUCCUUCUUUGAAGAGAUACCCAUCAAGUUUCCUGGAUAAACGACCACCACACUUCAACCCAUUUGCAUCUACUUUUGAACAAGUACCUGCAGGGAAAAAGUAUAAUGUUUCAGGACAAGAAAAUGACAUGAACUACGCUAGUAAAUAUGAUUCUCCUUUCAGUUCAGGUCAUGCUCCAGUAGGCCUAGAAUCAACACUAACAUCCUCACUGCCUAAUUCUAAAAAACCCAGUGAGCAGAUUUCACCAAGAGCUGGUGUCUUCUCGCAAAAAAAUGCAGUUUCACUUUCAGAUGCGCAGAAGCUGGUGGUUAAGAAUCCUGUAGCUGGUGAUGCUUAUGAUCCACUUUUUGACAGCAUUGAACCAUCUUCUAAUCCACUCAAGAUGUUUGAUGAGGUUAGAGAGCCAAAUAUAGCUGUUAAUGAGGUGGGCAUCAAAUCCAAGCUCAGCAGUUUGCAUAAAUCUGCUGAUAUAGGGGAGAACAGUAAACAAAAAGGGAGUGCAGGUGGUGAACAUAAGUCGGAAGUUGAUGAAUUUGGCGAGGUGGCAAUGGAUGCAGAAGUUGGUGUGGUAGAGAAUGCCAGCCCUCAACUGAUAGAUGAUAAAGAUUGGAGCCCAGCCCUUCCUGCAGAUAUGGACAAUGCAGCUACAGGUGAGAUUGAAAUUGAUCAUGUUCGAUCACCUGGGAAGAGUAAAAAGAGCAAGGACUCCCGUUCAAUGAAGCUUUUCAAGAUUGCCCUAGCAGAUUUUGUGAAGGAAGUCCUCAAGCCAUCAUGGCGACAAGGAAACAUGAGCAAGGAAGCUUUCAAGACCAUAGUGAAGAAAACAGUUGAUAAAGUCUCCGGGGCAAUGGCAAGCCAUCAGAUUCCCAAGUCACAAGCUAAGAUCAAUCAGUACGUUGAGUCAUCACAGAGAAAAUUAACUAAGCUGGUGAUGGGUUAUGUCGACAAAUACGUUAAGGUGUAGAACAGUUGCUUUGGUGAAGGUUCAGUAACAUUUCUUUUUCUCUGCUGGUUUUACUUCCUUACUUCCAAAGACUUGCUACAACUGCAGUACAUAAAAUGUUCUGUGGGAGGGAUUGAGCUUGAUGUGGCGGUUGCUGUUCAGAGCGCAGUUUUGAAAUAGCUGAUUCACACAGACCAGGGAUUUAUCAGAACAGACGAUGUUAUUAGCGGCCAUGUGAAUGCUGCAAGCAUGUAUGUAUGAUAUUCAUCUCUGGAUUUUGAUUGCUACUUAGCUGGAACUCUUCCUACUCAUCAAGUAAAAAUAUUUCAUUUGUAAAAUACAUUUCUUUGUCCAUCAGCAGUUCUUUUUGUUUAUGAAAUUGCCUAUUAGCAGUUUGUUAACCGUGAGUUUCA